UCACCUGCCGCCGGGCCGCCCGCGCCGACGUCGCUUGCGCAGGAGAUAGUGCCGGUGCCGCCGACCGCGGCCGGAUACGGACAGAGUGGCGUGGUGAAAGUGGAGAAGAUAGACAUUGCGGAUGACGACGAGGGCCUGGCGGCGCUCGGUCAGGUGGUCGACUACGAGGGUAGCUACGACUCUGACCAGUCACUGGGCGCCAUCCCCAUCUCGGACCCCGGCCAAGGUGGGGCGAUGUUCGCGGCAGGCACGUCGGAGGGCAGCGCCGGCACAGCGCCCGACUUCCGUUGCGGCCGGUGCGCGGCCGCGUUCCGCAGCUACGAGUCGCUGCUGCACCACCACAAGACGCACGAAGGCCUGACGCGGUGCCCGCUGUGCGACACGUGCCUCAACCGGGUAUCGGACCUGCGCCGCCACAUGGGCCGCGUGCACAAGCUGGAGCGGCCUCAGGUGGCCGCCAUGCUGGGGCGGCGCGGCGACUGGCAGGCCGCCGCGCCGCCGAUCUGAUGACAGCCAGGGCCCGCCGCCUGUGCCACUUCUGCGGGCUCCUCCUGCCAGACGUUGGUGAUACGUCGGCGGACGUGUAUUUGAUUUUGGUUGCUAGGGCUGUGGGGUGCCAUGGGGCUCGCAGAAGAUCCUCUUAUAUUUUAACCACUUCGGUCAUUAGUCGCACGGAUUGUGUUUGACAUGUGGUGGUGUUGUCGCGCCUGGAGAAGAAAUUGUGCCUGGAUCCUGGCUUCAUUGGAGCGCUCGGAGUUUUACUCUUCAUUAUUAGCGUUUGGAAUGUGCCACAUGUCAGACAUGCUUUGGACUCAUGAUAUUGUGCGACGUCCGAUCCUAUUGUCAGUUCAUUUGGACUUCACGUCUUAAGCUAGUAUGAUUUUAAGGACCGUGGACUUGACGUGGUACACGUUUUAUCGUGUACUCCGCGCACUUACGUGCUUCUGAUGUUAUCUCAAAGAAGUGUAGACGAGAGACAUUCACAGAAUGGUUGCCGCUGCAUAUCAAGCAAUGUCGCGUUGCUUCACGUCCAGUCUCGGUUUGGCCCUGAUUGGUCGAUCGGUUGAGCGUCUGCCAAUCGACCGCCGGUGUUUGUCCUUCAUAGAUAUAUUAUGAUCUGGCUCGUGCAAAAAGUAUAUAUUUGUGAAGGUGGAUGGUUGUGACGAAGAGAGCUUGGAUUGUUCGAAGGCCGUGGCAUGUAGUGCAUUCUGCAAUUAUUGGGAGCGGCCAUCCCCAUGACAGUUUUGAGGAAUACUGAAAAUAAAAUGGAUUUGUUGUUGCUGGAUUUUGCAUUAAUGCAGCGAUGCAUCAAAGUGUGGCUCCUUUUUCUUUAACAGAUAACACCUUUUCACACCCUCCGCAGUUCAUGUAAAAAAGGCGUGCACCCCAAAGCCUGACAAGCUUGGCGUUCUAACUUGGCACUGAUGUCAUGAAUGCGCGCCUGUACAAAAUCGUUUUAUGUUAUCUGCCACAGACGCGUGUUCUGGGCUUGUCAGGCCCGGGACGGCGCAGAGAUGUGAACAGCUCGGGAGGGUGGGUGGCGCUGUGUCCACGCGCUGUUCCGCGACUUCCCUGCUCACGUCAUGCACACCCCUUUGUGGGGCGCCAGGGGUUACGGCCAUGGUCUUGGACGUGAUUUAAAUCCGACACCAUCCGCGCAGAAGUCCAAAUAGGCACCAACGGACGGCUACUGUGACUGUUCCGAAAGAAGCGCGAUCCGUGAAACGUCCUCUGUGAUCCCCGGCUGGGCUGCUUAUUUUUGCAUUGCUUGCCCGUAGUCUCAGUGUAGUGCAUGCUUCAUGGACAUUAUGAUUUUGGCCGAUUCAUGGGUGUAUGGACUGAGUGCAAAAUGCAGAAACGAUAGA